GACAAGGCAAAUUGCCAAGAGGGAAGAACGCCUGGUGACACAAGUCGUCCGUAGAGGAAAGGAUGGAGGAGCUCUUGGACAGUCGCGAGUUCCUUCUCUCGUGUCUUGCGUGACAUAUCAUGAGCUGACGUCCCUCGCUUCAAUCUCGCCCUUUAUCAAUCAUGCCUUGCGUCAAUUGAAGCUUUGAACUGCCUCGAACAGAACAUCUUGGGCAAAAGCAGAGACCUUCGUGACCAUGGUGCUCACUGCUAACGAGAGAGCCUUACUGGGCAAUCCCACACAAGAGGACAUUGAGGACAUCGACUUGGACCACCAGAGACUCGACUACUCACCCACCGAACAGUCCAAGAUUGGAAAAUGGACUCUGGUUGCUCUCAUCCUCAACCGGACUAUCGGCACAGGCAUUUUCCUGACACCGCAUAGAAUCCUCGCUGGGACAGGCUGUGUUGGUGGGGCACUCCUUCUUUGGGUCCUAGGCGCCUUUGUGUCGCUUUGCGGACUUUAUGUCUGGCUUGAAUGCGGCUUGUCGAUGCCCCAACGCACAGUCAGAGGCGAGUCAGAACCGCGUGGAGUACCUCGAUCAGGUGGUGAGAAGAACUUUCUGGAGUUCAUGUUCCCCAAUGCCCGUGCAAGGCUGCCUCAUAUUCGAACAACAUGUUCUUUCAGUAUCAUGUUCAUCCUCAUGUAUAAUCUCAGCGGCAAUGCCCUUUCUUUCGGCAUUCAGGUCAUGACGGCUGCAGGCAUCUAUGAUCCCACCUCGGGUGAUGUACCAGAUAAGGGUACCGCUGCUGGGAUCGCAAUUGGCGCCCUCACAGCUGUGGUGCUGUUGCAUAUGUUCUCUCGGCGUGGAGGCAUUGUCCUCAACAAUGCUUUUGCCAUCAUCAAGGUGUCGUUGCUUCUGGCCAUCAUUGCGCUGGGAAUUGCAAAGGCCGCCGGCGCUUUUCCGACUCCUGGUGGACCACCUCUCGACAACUUCACUCGCGAUGUCUUCACCACAAAUCGUACAGACCCAACCAGCUGGUCCAACUCGUUGCUUCUGUGCAUGUAUUCAUUCUCGGGCUUUGAGCAGCCUUUCUAUAUCCUCGCAGAGUCCAAGAGUCCUCGAAAAUACUUUCCCAAGUACACUGUGCUAGCUUUGUUAAUCGCUGCACUUCUGUUUUUGCUGGUCAAUGUUGCCUAUCUUUUCGCUGUUCCGAAAGAUGCAGUGAUCCCGCGACUCUCAACAGACUUACCUACCUCUAUUGACAUGGCGAGCCUGUUCUUUGAGCACCUGUUCGACGACCAGACCAGUGCCAGAAGAGCAAUGGCAGGCCUGAUUGCAUUCUCAAUCUGCGGCAACCUGAUCGUCAUGACCUUUACAGCGGCCAGAGUCAAGCAGGAAAUCGCCAAAGAAGGAAUUCUCCCAAAGUCCCUGAUGUUUGCCACGUCAUACACCACUCCAUAUGGGCUGUUCAAGAAAUGGAUGAGUCGCAACACCAUUCCAAACGAAGAGCUGGAGCAAGCACCUACCGCUGCAUUUGUUCUUCAUUGGUUCACUUCCAUCCUGCUGAUUCUCGUCACUCUACCCAUCCACGAUCCACGGAGAGCAUAUUCAGCUCUGAUUUCGCUAUACUCUUACACAAUCGUAUCAUUACUUGGCUUCUGGGUAUCGAUUGGGCUUCUGAUGGUCAAGUUACGAAAAGGUCAGUGGCAUUGGCAGGAACGACGACGUUAUCGACCAUGGAUCAGCCCAGUGCAUGUGGUUGUCUACAUCAUCGCUAGCGCUUUCAUGCUGGUGACAGCAUUUGUGCCACCUACCCUGGGCUCUCCUUUCCACUCCUCAAUAACUGGGAUUCAAUGGUAUAUUGUGCCGGCGAUUGGCAUAACAGCGCCGUUGUGGGGCAUGGUCUGGUAUUGGGGCCUUUUAAUUUACCAACGGGACAAUCAACUUGUGGUAUAUCGGACACCUUUCUGGACAAAAGACCCCGACUGUCCAUCUGAAUAUGUUCAGGUGGCAGAAAUAAUUGACCACACGUGGGAAAUUCGGGUGCGAAACGGCCUCGGAACUGGAUUCGAGGAUUCGGAUGAACCAAAAGAUGCCACCACAACCAGGCAGCGUGAGGCAGACCCAUUUGACAAUAGCAGUGAAGAGGGUAGGGCAGGACGAAGACCGUCGCGGUGGAAUUUCCGUGGUAGAAACAACACCAUGGGUGACGGACGGAGGUUGUCAGGCGGAUUUGAAGGAUAAGACUAUAUUGCGAAUCUUGGUGGCCAUGAGAUGAGCAAAGGUUGGAAGUACAAUCUCCGACCAUGUGAUAAUAGCAAGCUAUGCCGACGAUACAUUUCAAACGAGACUCAAUACGUUGUGCUCUUUAAAAACCCA